GGGAAGGAAGAGCCAUCGAGCGCCAUCAACUGUCUUGCCUUCUAUUUUCUUCUCUCCGCAGCGGACUCGCUGAUUCCCGUCUUUUCCAACAAAUAAUCGUGAGAUUACGAGGACGCGCUUGUCUCAGAAGAACGGGAUGGGAUUAGCCGGAUGAAUUCGGUCGAGGAGAUUCUGGAGGAGUAGAAGGUGGUCUCAGUUGCUCGGAUUAGACAGUUGUGAAGAGACAUGCAGUCUACUCGGUAUCCCCGGCAAGGCCAUGUCUCUGCGAGGCCUUUGAAGGAUAUUAAGCUGAUAAACAAGUACGAAAAUGUAAAAUCCACGAUAGACAGCGGGCUAAACAUGCUGAAAGUUACGGACAAGUUUGCUAGCACGAAAGUCAAUGCUCGUUUCAAGAAGGAAGAAUUUUUCAGGCGCUUGAAACCUGUUCUGUUGGUCAAGCUUCUUCACGAGACCCAAAUUCAAAUACUUCUACUCGACGUAAGAGACGCGGACGAAUUCCAAACAUGCCAUAUCAGAGGCGCUUUGUCUUACCCGGCAAUCAAUCUGAAGAAAACCAUCAAUUACUUUUCCGGUGAUAUACUUCCAUUUAUCAACAAGGAGCCUGAGAAAAUUAUUGUUAUAUACGACGAUGACGAACAAUCAGUCGUGAGUGCUGGAAACCUUUUCAUUGAAAAAGGUGUGGACAACAUAUUUGUUCUUCACGGAGGACUGGAAGAGGUAGCCAACAACUAUCCUGAGAUGAUCGAAGGGCACUAUAAGAAGCAGGAGAUUUUAGUAGCUCUGAAGGAAAGGAAUGGGAUGAGAAGCUCAAUAGGAUCUAAAUCAAGCUCUCCCAAUUGGAUUCAAAAAAACAAGAUGUUCACCAACAUGUCGACGCGUAUUGGGAGGUCGAGGAGGAGCUCAUCAACAGGGCAAGGAAGUCUACCAGCGACUCCGGGAAGUGUUAUAUCCCGUCUGAGUCGGCUAUUCUCCCCCUGCAAAGGAUGAAGGAAGCCCUCCAAUGCCAGCGAUUGAACGUGACAAAUGCUGACGAUUCAUCGACCAACGUUGAUAUGUAGAUAGUUGUAAUCACCACUAUGUUGAUACCUCAGGCAAUCCUGACGAUCAUAUUUGAAUGUCACUUAUCAAGCAUUCAUAAUUAGCAAUAGGUGAGCAUUCUAGCUACAAAUAAUGCUCACCACGAUGAAAGCUAAGGAUGGCUUUUAGCCAGCAAACAAGCAAUUGAUUUGCGGUUGCUAAGCACCACCCAUUUGUCUAGUCAGAACAUCAAGUAUGGUGAUGGCAAAUUGCAAGGAGAACGCAUCGUGCGUUUUUGUUCAACUUGUCAGUACUCUUGGUGUCGAUCGGAUUCACGUCUGGGAGGCUGCCGCUGCAGCUGCCGCACCUUAAUUGUGCCACCUUAGGCUCAGGGUUCUCUGGAAUAGGACUUGAGUUGAAGCAGUCCUCACUCAGGGUCGUGGAAUAGUGAUCCACGGUUGCCGCGGUCACCUGACGGCUGGAACGUUAUUUGUGGUGAAGAGCAACUUGCAUGAAGGAGGUCCAUGUUGUAACAUACAAUCAACAAGAACCUUUCAUCCAUCCAUCAUAUACGCCAAUUUGCACAAGUUCUAGUGUUCACCAAACUGUAUAAGCAUCCGUCAAUAAAAUCGAGAUGUGGUCACCGAAGCUGCUGGCUUUUUAUUCUCUCUUUGCGGUGAUGGAUAACA